AUGGAGAACCCCCAGAACCAUUGUCUGUUGGAAUAUGCUCGGUUUUUCGGGAUCGCUAACAAUUUCACGGCAGUCGACCCCCAAAGCUAUAUCGACGAGAGUUGCGAGAUUCCUAUUCCCGAGCUGAAACACAGUGUUGUUGACAGACAGUUCCAGGGAAUUCAACACUCCCCCGAGCAGAAUAUUUUCAAAGAAAAGCUUAAUAUUAGGAAAGGAGGUGUCCGUUUCUUAUCAUCUAUCAUCCAAGCUGAAAAGGGGGAGAUCAAAUGGGAUGACUGCUUGCCAGAUUUCGACCAUGUUGACAAUCUCAGGCUGGAAACACCUAUAUUAUCAGCAGUCCAUGAUACAGACAUGCUACUUUCUCGGAGUCCCUUAAUCUACAGCGAAAGUGACAUCGACCUACAGCCUUUAGAGGUCUCUACGGAAGACAAACCCCAGAGUCACUUCCUGAGCAACUCAAAUCAAGCCAUGGAAGAAAUAAAGGCAGAGAAGCUCAGCUGCACUAAAGACUCCUUGGUGUUAAUACAGAAUGCCGCACAAUGUAGUCCACCGUCGGCUUACGAGUUGGAAGAACUUUUCUCAAGUGAAACAAGGCUCGGCCAGGAUGAUCUUAUUUUCCCUGAACCUCCACCUCUCAUUCUGUCCAGUGUCCACGAUACAUACCGCAGGAGCCCAUCGUCGGAUGCAAAAUCGCAGAUGCUACCUAGCCCCGUCUCGCCAGAGUCAUUUAUGAGAUUUGAGAAACCGCACUUGUCUCCACGAUAG